CCCAUACAAAAUCGGGAUCGAGACACAUUUCACGUUCCAGGUCGUGUACGCAGUUUGUCGAUCCUGGUUAUGCGAUCGAUUAAAGGAACCUGCGUCUUGACAUAGUACGAAAGAAGCAACGCGAAGGGCAUGAAUGAGAAAGAUGCAGGACGGACUCGGUCAGCUCUCUUUCAAUCAUGGACCGAGUAAGGAGCUAGGUCAGUGAUUGUUGACAGUCAGACAUUUUAGGGCUUUAGCAAACGAGCGGACCCGGGCCGAGUCAGCCAAUUAACGUAAAUCCUACGUCGGCGUUCUGUUCGUCGGAACUACAAAAACCCUAGCUGUGAUCUGGAUCACUACUUCCCUUACUUGAAACAUCAAUCUCUUCAAGUUGCUGCUAGAUCUUUACAAACAAUAAACACAAACAAUCUUCUUCCUGAAAAUCCACCACACUCGAUUCGAUCACCAGGCCAGUCCUCUCUCCAAUGGAGGACGCAUUCGCCAGAUCUGUUCCUGAGGUCCUGGAUUUUUUUGGAGUAAAUCCCACAAAAGGUCUCACUGAUAUCCAGGUGACAAGUCAUGCUCGGAUUUAUGGCAGUAAUGUGUUGCCUCAAGAAGAAAGCACUCCUUUCUGGAAAUUGGUAUUGAAGCAAUUUGAUGACUUGCUUGUUAAGAUAUUGAUUGCUGCAGCUGUUGUUUCUUUUCUUUUGGCACUGGUCAAUGGAGAAACAGGCUUAACUGCUUUUCUGGAGCCUUCUGUUAUACUCAUGAUAUUGGCUGCAAAUGCUGCUGUAGGAGUAAUUACAGAAACAAAUGCUGAAAAGGCUUUGGAGGAAUUGCGGGCCUAUCAAGCAGAUGUUGCAACAGUCAUGCGUAAUGGAUGCUUCUCCAUCCUACCUGCAACAGAACUAGUUCCUGGGGAUAUUGUUGAAGUUAGUGUGGGUUGCAAAAUUCCAGCUGACCUGAGAAUGAUUGAGCUUUUAAGUGACCAUUUACGUGUUGAUCAAGCCAUUCUUACAGGUGAGAGUUCAUCAGUGGAAAAGGAGCUGGAGUCCAUGGUAACAAGCAAUGCAGUGUAUCAAGACAAAACCAAUAUCCUAUUCUCGGGAACAGUGGUGGUUGCUGGUAGAGCAAGAGCUGUUGUUGUUGGUGUUGGUUCUAAUACUGCAAUGGGCAGCAUACGUGAUUCCAUGUUGAAAACUGAAGAUGAAGCAACACCAUUGAAAAGGAAGCUUGAUGAAUUUGGUACUUUCUUAGCAAAAGUUAUAGCAGGUAUCUGUAUACUGGUGUGGAUUGUGAAUAUUGGACAUUUUCGUGACCCUAUCCAUGGAGGCUUCUUUCAAGGUGCUGUUCACUACUUCAAGAUUGCAGUUGCCUUGGCUGUUGCUGCAAUUCCUGAAGGCCUUCCAGCUGUUGUUACAACGUGUUUGGCUCUUGGAACUAAAAGAAUGGCUCGUUUGAAUGCUAUUGUGAGAUCAUUGCCUUCUGUUGAGACAUUGGGUUGUACUACAGUCAUUUGCAGUGAUAAAACUGGUACUCUCACCACCAAUAUGAUGUCAGUUUCAAAGCUUUGCGUGCUUCAUUCUGUAAAUCAUGGAGUUGCAGCUUCAGAGUACAGUGUUAGUGGUACUACCUAUGCACCAGAGGGUUCUAUUUAUGAUCACUCAGGGAUGCAGCUUGAUUUUCCUGCUCAAUUUCCUUGUCUUCUUCACAUUGCCAUGUGUUCAGCUCUCUGCAAUGAGUCUGUUAUACAAUACAAUCCAGACAAAAGAAACUAUGAAAAAAUUGGGGAGUCAACUGAAGUGGCUCUUCGUAUAUUAGCAGAAAAGGUUGGUCUUCCAGGUUUUGAUUCUAUGCCUUCUGCCCUGAAUAUGUUGACAAAGCAUGAAAGAGCAUCUUACUGUAAUCAUUAUUGGGAAAAUCAGUUCAAAAAGAUAUCUCUUUUGGAAUUUUCUCGUGAUCGAAAGAUGAUGAGUGUUCUUUGUAGUAGAAAACAGAUUGAAAUUAUGUUUUCCAAAGGUGCCCCUGAGAGUGUACUCUCUAAAUGCACAAGUAUCCUUUGUAACAAUGAUGGUUCUACUGUUCCUCUAACUCCAAAUAUCAGAGCUGAGCUGGAAUCUAGAUUUUCCAGUUUUGCAGGAAAAGAUACACUAAGAUGUCUUGCACUUGCCUUAAAAAGGAUGCCUACAGGUCACCAAAAUAUUACCUUACAUGAUGAGAAAGAUCUUACAUUUAUUGGGUUGGUUGGAAUGCUGGAUCCACCUAGAGAGGAAGUCAGAAAUGCUAUUCUCUCAUGCAUGACAGCUGGCAUACGUGUUAUGGUUGUUACAGGGGAUAACAAGACUACUGCAGAAUCAUUAUGCAGAAAGAUAGGUGCUUUUGAUCACUUGGAUGAUUUUGUGGGAAGAUCUUUCACUGCUUCUGAGUUUGAAGAGCUUCCAGCUUCUCAAAAGACAUCUGCACUCCAACAUAUGAUACUUUUCACCAGGGUUGAACCAUCUCAUAAAAAGAUGCUGGUGGAAGCACUACAACACCAAAAUGAAGUGGUUGCCAUGACUGGAGAUGGGGUGAAUGAUGCACCUGCAUUAAAGAAGGCAGAUAUAGGAAUUGCCAUGGGCUCAGGCACAGCAGUUGCAAAGAGUGCUUCAGACAUGGUUUUGGCUGAUGACAAUUUUGCUACAAUAGUUGCAGCUGUUGCAGAGGGAAGAGCUAUAUACAAUAACACAAAGCAGUUCAUUAGAUAUAUGAUUUCUUCAAACAUUGGAGAGGUAGUUUGUAUCUUUGUUGCAGCUGUACUUGGGAUACCUGAUACUCUUGUCCCUGUGCAACUACUUUGGGUUAAUCUGGUUACUGAUGGAUUACCAGCUACAGCUAUUGGCUUCAAUAAGCAAGAUUCAGAUGUUAUGAAGGCUAAACCUCGAAAGGUUAAUGAAGCUGUUGUCACUGGGUGGCUAUUCUUCCGUUAUUUAGUGAUUGGAGCUUAUGUUGGACUUGCAACUGUGGCGGGUUUCAUAUGGUGGUUUAUUUACUCGGAUACGGGUCCAAAGAUACCUUAUACUGAACUGAUGAAUUUUGACAGCUGUUUGACACGUCAGACAACAUAUCCUUGCAGUAUAUUCAGUGAUCGACACCCCUCAACUGUUGCAAUGACAGUGCUUGUUGUUGUUGAAAUGUUCAAUGCUUUAAACAAUCUCAGCGAAAAUCAAUCCCUAAUGGUUAUACCUCCUUGGAGUAAUUUAUGGCUUGUUGGUUCUAUUGGGGUGACUAUGUUACUUCACUGCCUCAUUUUAUAUGUUCAACCACUUUCGCUUCUCUUUUCUGUUGUACCUUUGACAUGGGACGAGUGGACUACUGUUUUGUAUUUAUCGUUUCCUGUAAUAAUUAUUGAUGAGAUUUUGAAGUUUUUCUCCCGAAAUUCAAUUGGCAUGAAGUUGAAUUUGAGACUUAGGAGAGCAGAUUUACUUCCCAAAAGGGAAGUACGCGAUAAGUGACAUGUGGGGUCUCCAAUAUAUUAUUAUUCAUUUACUCACAGAUACACAAUACUAGAAGAGACCUUUUUGCUUAGGUGUUAAAUUUUGUUGUAAAAAAAGAUAUCGACUUUAUUAUACAUAUUUAUGAGCAGUUGGUGAUAAUUG